GAAAUAGUCACGUAAUGCCAAAAAUUUUUUCUGUGUUAUUAAAUGUUUUUAAUUUUAAGAAAGUAAAACAGAACUAAUAAUCAGUCAGAAUAAGGCGGUGUUGCUAAACUGUACAAUAUCAGUUACAAAUGGGUCAUUACCGUUAGAUGAUGAUGUAAUAUGGACUCGCGAUGGCAACUUGAUUGACUACAGGAAUACAAGCAAGUACAUUUUAAAAGUGAAAAGAGAUAACAGGGCGAUCGUUCAGACGCUCCAGAUACUAAAGCCAUCUCUUGAAGAUCAAGGAACAUAUGCGUGUUUUGCUGCUGAUGCACCUGUUUCCUCUUGCCUGCUUCAGUUUGAUCAGAGUUGGCUUCGCGUCGUCAAGGUGUGGAAAUUUCAAUCCGUUGUUGCGGUUGAUUAUCUUAUCGAUUUUAGUGAAUAUUUGGUUACCGAAACUAUGAAUAAACAGUUUAUUUUCUGA